CAAGUUCAAGAUCAGUUAUUUUGUUGGCAGCUACUAUGUUGAUGAACUGCAGGAACAACCACAUCGAUCGUCUCAACGAGUGUAUCGUUAGCGCCCUCAUGAAGAUCAGGCUUCAGUUUGCCGCUGGUAUUCCACGGUUGAAUGUUCCUCCUAUGGACCCCCACCGGCUGGACCCCAUCGUUUUCAACCCGCUGGAGGGCCCCGUACAAGUGCGCACCCGCUUCGAUGAUCUCGUCAUAACCGGCCUGUCCAAGUUUGACAUCAAAUACUUCGACUGGCAUUUCAAGCUGAGGAAAAUGUUUGUCGGCUGUAUCAUCCCCACACUCCUGCUGAAAGGCAAAUACAACGUCACUGGCCGCAUCUUCGAGCUCCCCAUCGAGGGUGCCGGGGCCUACGCAUCUCUCCUGAGUGGAAUCGUGAUCGAAGCCGAGAGCGACUUGGGAUUUAGGCCAGACGGAAAGAUGUACAUGAAGAACUUCGAUAUGACCUUUAAGAUCAAAUCAUCGGAUGUAAAGUUCGACAACCUCUUUGGCGGCAACCAAGUCCUGAGUGACACCAUGAAUCACUUCUUGAAAGAAAACGACGCACUGAUUAUGGAAGAGCUGCGACCAGGCCUGCAGAAGCAGUUCGGUGGUCUGCUAGGGGUUAUACUCAAGGCGUUCAUAGAUGCCAUGCCAAGGGAGUUGCUCACGGAUCUUCCCAACGCAAAUUCACAAGAUAAGCAUCGACGCAGAACCAAUGAAAUAUUAGCAGCUAAAGCACAGGCACAAGCGUCUCAACGCCAGGGACAGCGUGGCUGAUGGAGUUUUUACCCUGAAUUUCUAUUCCAUGCAUUGAGUUGUAACUGACGGCGCAAUUAAUUGAACAAAUGAUGAGCGUUCCAAGCAUGAGCCCUACAUCACAAACAUUUUUUGAAAGCUCCGAUAGCCUUCAAGAUCCAUUUGAAAUUACUUCAUCCCAUGACGUUUUGAUAACUACUCGAGUUGAUGAGCCGUUUCGCUUUCGGUUGAAGAGAUGUACUGUAUUUUUAAGUGAGCAUCAAAUCCUUUAUUUCUUUUCAAAUUACUUACCAAGACGAAGGCAGUUUAUACUGCGCUGUUACGUAUAUCAGUUAUCCCUAUUGUUUGUUAGUUCGGGAUUAUCGUCGCCAUUUGCCAUCCUGGCAUGAAUUGUAAAGUAACAACCACGGCAAUGGAGGCCAAACAGUGUAUUUUAAACCAAAUGAAAGACUUGCAUAAGUUCAGAGUACAACUUCACUGAAUUAUAUAUUUCUGAGUUACUUGACAUAUCGUCUAUACUAAUGAAACUAUUUGUCCCUACUAAUACUACUAUUAGUCUUGCUAAUACUACUAUUAGUCUUACUUAUACUACUAUUAGUCUUACUAAUAUUAGUAUUAGUCUUACUUAAUUAUACUACUAUUACUCUUACUAAUGCUCCCAUUUAAAUGCGAAUACUACUACUCUCCUAAUUUCAUAAUUCAAGGAAAUCAUGGAAAGUUU